CGAGUGCGAGCAGACUGCGGUGUGUGUGGAUAUACUUUUCACCUGGGAUUUGAAUUCUAAAUACAGCAUCGACGGUCAGCUGCCAGGCCAGGAUGUCCAGUGAGGUGCAGAGACCGGACGACAGCCCCAGCACCAGUGGGGGGAGCUCGGAUAUCGAACAAAGAGAAUCAUCAGUACCCCCAGAACAGGAGCGGGAACAAGCACAGCCCAAAAAGAAGGAGACCAAGAUCUCCAGUAAAACAGCUGCCAAACUCUCAACCAGUGCCAAGAGGAUUCAGAAAGAACUUGCAGAAAUUACACUCGACCCACCUCCAAACUGCAGCGCCGGCCCCAAAGGAGACAACAUCUAUGAGUGGAGGUCAACCAUCCUGGGACCACCGGGCUCUGUUUACGAGGGAGGGGUCUUUUUCCUCGACAUCGCCUUCACACCCGACUACCCCUUCAAACCACCCAAGGUAACAUUUCGGACGAGGAUCUACCACUGUAACAUCAACAGUCAGGGGGUGAUCUGUCUGGACAUCCUGAAGGACAACUGGAGUCCCGCCCUCACCAUCUCCAAGGUGCUGCUGUCCAUCUGCUCUCUGCUCACAGACUGUAACCCAGCGGACCCUCUGGUGGGGAGCAUUGCCACACAAUACCUGACAAACAGAACGGAACAUGACAGAAUAGCCAAGCAGUGGACGAAGAGAUACGCCACAUAGAUCCUCCUGUCUGACUUUUCCACUGUUACCCUUUCCCCCCCACUGUACUUCUCUACCUCUCUCCCCAGCCUUUCAAAGCACACUCACUAAGUGCAAUGGUAUACCUGUAAUUUCCCCCCCCCCCC